AUGUCGCUAGAUCCGCCGUCCUACCUUGGUUCUCUUCAAAACAAUAUUCGUGCGCGACCAAUCCCGUGGGAAGGUGCUGUCCGCGCUGGCAACAUCACCGAGGAUCAUCUCAAGAAGAUCAAGGCCGUGGACAAGGUACGGAAGGAGCAGCGCAUCCAGACGAUAAAAGCGGAUCUACCUGGCUAUACGGCCCUGCUAGCGGGUGGAUCUGAAUCCAAAAGCGUCCUAGAAUCGGCGUCGCGGAGAACCGACAUUGUGCAGUACAUUCUUGUGCUUGCCUCAGAUCUUAUUCAAGAUGUCUCUGAGCUCGCCGACUCGCUUGUGUCUCACCCCGAGCCUUAUAAGCCCUUCUUACCUUUCCUGCACAGUUCCAACAACGCCGAAGAUCCGAUCCCCCUCCUGACCUCCACAUUUCUCACUGCUCUUGUUUCACACAGCCUUGUGACCUCGUCGAAACCUGCUGCUCGAGAUGAAGAGGCUCUUCCAAAACUAUACCUUUAUCUCUCCACCUUGACCAAGAAUUCCGACAGCGGGCUACAGGACAUUGGUGUCCAAGGAUUCUCGGAGCUUUUACGGAAGAAACAUGCGCGGGAAAUCUUCUGGAAACACCGAACGGAGACGUUGGACCCGUUGAUCGAGACACUUCGGACCGCAGCAGGCACCAAGGAGAACGGCGGCAGUGCAGGAGGAAUCGGCACGCGGAGCGUUGAGCCUGGUCUUGCGGGCGGCGUGGGCCUGCAGCUGCUAUACCGUAUUCUUCUGGUGGUCUGGCAGCUCACUUUCGAAAGCGAACUCGUCGGCGAGGAUCUUCAAGAGAAUUAUGAGAUUAUUCAACUAUACACGCAGCUCCUCCGUCUGUCACCGAAAGAAAAGACCACGCGCCUUCUACUUGCCACUCUAUUCAAUCUCUGCAGCAGCAAUCGCUCAACUCUUUUACCCGUUGCAGUCUUUGUUCGACUUCCGGCUCUGUUGAGCAAUCUCGCUGGUCGUCAUCUUAUGGAUCCUGACUUGCUUGAGGAUCUCAAUGGGCUCUCUACCAUGCUUGAUGAGUACACUAAGACGCAGACAACCUUCGACCAGUAUGCCGCGGAAGUUCAAUCGGGCCACCUGCGCUGGUCUCCUCCCCACAAGAACCCUACUUUCUGGAAAGAGAACGCGCGUCGCAUCCUCGAUGAGGGCAAUGGUGCUUUGCCCAAGAAGCUGGCCGAAAUUCUCUCCAAGGACUGGGAGCAUGAUAAGCAAGUUCUGGCGAUUGCCUGCAAUGAUGUUGGCCAUUUAGUGAAAGAGCUUCCCGAGCGACGCGCGCAGCUUGAACGGGCCGGUUUGAAGACUCGAGUGAUGGAGCUCAUGGCCGACAAAGAUGAGGCAGUUCGGUGGGAAAGUCUGCGUGCCGUAGGUGAAUGGCUCCGCUACACCUUCGAUGGGUAA